CAAACAAAGGGUAAUAUUGGAACUAUAUAAAGGUUCCAACACAACUCAAUAUCUAUCUUUUUCAAGGAGCCUUUUGGUAUUUUACUCCAAAGAGAGUAGAAGACAGUACUCAUGUUUAUGUAGCAAACAACAAACAUAAUUUUGAUUUGAGUGCCCAUAUACCCUCUUUAAAAAGCUUGCUUGAGAUUGAUGCUACAAAGCAAGAAGAAACAAUUGAAGAAAGAAUUCAAGAAUGGUGUCUAGGGAGCACAAGAAAGCUGCACUGCAUGAGAAGCUGCAACUUCUUCGAUCUGUUACAAACUCUCAUGCAAAGGAAGACACAUCGAUCAUAAGUGAUGCAUCGAAGUACAUAGAAGAGCUUAAACGGAAAAUAGAUAUAUUGAAUCAAGACAUAGCUCAAAGCUCAAGCUACCAGAACUCAUGGCCUAUGGUAACGGUAGAAGCCUUAGAAAAGGGCAUACAAGUAAACGUGUAUUCAGAAAGAAGCUGCCAAGGUCUACUAGUUUUUGUUUUGAAAGCGUUCGAAGAUUUGAGCCUUAAUGUGUUGGAAGCUAGAGUUUCUUGUACAGCCUGUUUUCAACUUGAAGCACUUGGAGUUGAGAGUGAAGAAAAUGGAGAAGCCAUCGACACUCAUACCGUGAAACAAGCAGUCUUGCAAGCAAUUGAAGACUGGAUGGAAAGCAGUGAUCAAGAUUACUAACUAUCAAUUUUCACCAAUUUCUUUAAUCUUCUUCUUCUUCUUCUGUAUUGCCUAUGCUUUAUCUAUUAGUCAUGAUUUCAAAUGGAGGAAAAGCCUUCAAGAAUCAUAAAAUGCAACAAAGUAUUCUGGGAUAAGAUUAGCCGUAAGUAUUAUUUAACCCUCAAAA